GUGUAUGUGAAGGAUUUCUAUGCGAAGUUGAAGGAAGUCGCAAAGCACACAUCUCCCAGCAACAGGACAGCCUGGGACGCCGAUGAGGUGGCAGAACUGGCAAGGCUUCUCGACGACGAGGCUGACGACGAAGACAGAGCCGAAGAAGAGGAAGAUGAUGAUGACGAAGAUGAGCCCGACGGUGAGUGGUCGGUGGGAUCCGAGAACCACGCGACAGGGCAGUGCAG